AUGGAUGACCACUACCCUUGCCAUGACUUCCAACAACACUUCCAUGUGCAAAGCCAUGUGCCAAUUGCGCAGGACAUCCCUUAUCGGUACGGAUACUACGCUCACUCCGAUGACCAUAUGUUGGCGACUCCCACGUCAGACGCGAUGAAUGGUGUUAUUCCCAUGCCCUCGAACGCUGCCAUCAAGGGCCAUUAUUUCCCGAUCGUCGAACCACUGCAAUACACUCCUCUGCAUCACAAUUCAGCCACUGCAUAUUGGGGCACGUCGUCCGAAUAUGACGAAAAUUUGCGUAGUGUGUCGCCGCAGACGGACUGCCAAAGCAACAGCCGCGCACCUACUCUCAUCUACGACGAUGCCAUGUCAAGUAGAUCCGGCUUCGAGAGCUCGCCCUCCCCUUACCCCGAACCCGUCUCGAUGACUUCCUACAAACAAGAAUCAAUGAGCCCACUCAUUGAACACGUUCAGCCAAUGCCACAACAGGGAAACCCUAUGUUUUCCUCAGUUUACGCCGGUCAACAGCCUAGCGAAUAUAGCGCACCCCCGACCUCAUCCCCCAGUGAGCCUCCCAAGAGCUCCCGAAGAGCCUCCGCCCGCAAGGGAAAAGCCCGCAACGGCGUUCAAAAACGCAACGGCAAAUCACCUAAAAAGACACCAGCCAGGCCCAGCCGCGCUGAACCAGUGACAACUUCCAAGCAAUCCCUCAAGAAAACUGCCGACCGGCGCUUCGAAUGCACCUUUGCCCGCUAUGGCUGCGCGAGCACCUUCCCUUCCAAGAACGAAUGGAAGCGGCACGUCAGCUCUCAGCACAUACAGCCCGGUUUCUACAGAUGCGACGUUGGCCGGUGCAACUUGAAUAACAUCAAAAAUCGCACUACAUCCCCCAACUGCCAAACGCAGUCUUCCCCGUCACCCGCCUCGCCGAACUCCCAACACCCUGCCAUACCGAUAACACCCACCCUCGUCAAUGACUUCAACCGCAAAGACCUCUUCAUCCAACACCAGCGCCGCAUGCACGCGCCCUGGGUCGCAAAUACAAAGACCUGUAAGCAAUCGGUCUCACAGGCCGAGAAAGAAGCCUUUGAAAUGAGUCUUGACGGCGUGUGGAAGAGGUGCUGGCAGCAGCUCCGUACUCCGCCAACACUGAGCCACUGCGGCUUCUGCGAUGCGGAGUUCCGCGGCAUCAACGCUUGGAGAGAGCGUAUGGAGCAUGUUGCGAGACACUAUGAGCAAGCAGACCCGGGCCCUGAGAAAGAGGACCUCCCUCUUAGGGAGUGGGCGCUUGAGAAUGGAGUUAUUGUCCAUGUGAAUGGGGAAUGGAAGUUGGCAUCGCUUUGUCGGGAGUGA